AUGUAUUUGAAUUUUCAAAACAAAACAUUUUGGGAAAGUCUGCAUUUAAAAAGUGGCCUUGAGGACUGGGAUAUGGAGGAGAAGCUCAAGCUAACCACCACCACUGAUCAGUUUCCUCAUGCGGCAGAUGAAAAACUGAACGAUCACAUGCAGUGUGAGCGACGGGUGCGCAGGAAUUCACUCCCCAAGGAACGGUCUGAGACCCUCCCAUCCACACAGCUUGGUGCAGAAUCUUAUGUGCAGCCCCAUCUGUGGAUGUGGGUGAACCCCACUCUGGUUUGCCAUAUUGCCAGCUGUCCUAGUGUGGACAUGCCAGGAACCAGUAGCCUAGCAUUCUCAGUAGCUGCUGCUGCACCAAGGUUUUCUUCUCCAAGCCCUUCCUUGAAUUACCCCAACCUUGACUGUUCAGAGGAGGAUCUGCUGUCAUCAUCCAGUGAGGCAGAGAAGUUCACAGAGGAUGAAGGUGCCUCAUCAGUGGACAUCUCACUCCCUCAGAAAAUGGAGACUCCCAAAUCUAAGGCUGUUCUGGCACUCCGGAAACCAAAGGUCCCCAGAUCUCAGAGCAAGCAGCUCAAGUACAUCCUGCAGGCGAGCACCAAAAUCAAAGGGGGAUGGCCCCGCCCCCCCCUUAAUUACUGCAUUCUCAUCACCCUGGCUCUGCGUAACAAUGCAGAAGGCAGCCUGACUGUGCAGCAGAUCUACCAAUUCACACGGCAGCACUUUCCCUUUUUCCAGACAGCCCCAGAUGGCUGGAAAAAUACCAUUCGUCACAAUCUGUGCUUCAGUAGCAGCUUUGAAAAAACCUCCCACUUUGUGUGCCACGAGGGCAACCGCAAGUCAUGCCUGUGGAAGCUGACACCAGAAGGGUGCAGAAAGUUCCAGGAAGAGGUACGGGCUCUAUCUGAGGAGGCCCUCGACUUAGUGAGCCAGAGCUUGAACAAACCAGAUGCAAUCUUUGUUCAGUCUCUGAUCCCUGCUGCCCUGUUGCCUCUGAGAUAA